AUGAAAAUUGAUGUUACAGUUUCUGCAGUUUCCGUUUAUCUAAUUAAUUUCGUUAAUAUUUCGACAGCAACCUAUCUAUCUAUCUAUCUAUCCCAGUUGUCGACUUCUAUCUAUCUAUCUAUCUAUCUAUCUAUCUAUGUAAAUCAUUUCUUUUAUUUUUUUUUGAUUUCUAUCUAUCUAUAUCUAUCUAUCUAUCUAUCUAUCUAUCUAUCUAUCUAUCUAUGUAAAUUAUUUCUAUUUAUUUUGUAUACCUAUUUUUUGAUUUCUAUCUAUCUAUCUAUCUAUCUAUCUAUCUAUCUAUCUAUCACUCUGUAUAUAUUAUUUAUUUUUUCCUCUCUGUCACUGUGUUUAUGCGUGCUUGUAUAUCUUCUUUAUUUCAUUCUUGAUCCUCUUUUUCUUUUGUGUUUUGUGCCUUCUUUCUCGUCUUCUUUUCGUUGCUUUCCUUGUUCAUUCUUGCAAUGA